UGAGUCGCACUUCCUGAGGCGGUGACGCAGACAGCGGACAGAGUGUUAACUUUACUUUCGGAGCGAAAUCUUUGUGUUUUGUGUUUUUUUCCAACGUUUUUCGUGACAUUUUCGCGAGGUAGGAGUUCGUGAGUGGAACUUCCACGAUGGUCAAAGUGUCUUUUAACUCGGCUUUGGGCCAGAAAGACGUGAAGAAGGACGCAGAAACUCUUCUUCCCGACGAAGAGCGAGAUGCAGAGGCAGCGAUGGUUCCAGUCCUGGUUCCGGUGGCCCAGCAGACCCGGGCCUGGUGCUGGUGCAUGUGUCUGGGUCUCGCCCUCAUGCUGUCUGGAGUUGUGGUGGGCGGAGCCUACCUGUACCGCUACUAUAUCCUGGAGGAGGGUCAGGUGUUUGUGUGUGGCGUCAGCUACCGUGAAGAAGACUACAUGAUCCAGGAGGAGGAGGUGGACGUGGAGCUGCCGAGUCCUUACCACCUGCAUCAGCUGGAGGAGAGAAUCCGAGUCCUGGAGAGAGAACAGGUGGAACUGAUCAGUGUCCCAGUGCCGGAGUUUGAGGACGGAGACCCAGCGGACAUCGUCCAUGAUUUCCAGAGGAUGUUGACCGCCUACCUGGACCUGAAUUUGAACAAGUGCUACGUCAUCCCACUCAACACGUCCAUCGUCCUCCCGCCCAAGAACUUCCUGGAGCUGCUCGUCAAGGUCAAGGCGGGGGCGUACCUGCCUCAGUCGUACCUGGUCCAUGAGGACAUGGUGGUGACGGAGCGUCUCCAUCACGUGGACCAGCUCGGUUACUUCAUCUACAACCUCUGUCGCGGCAAAGACACGUUCAAACUCCAGCGCAGAGACAGAAUUCUGGGGAUGCAGAAGCGUGAAGCAGUGAACUGUCGUAAGUUCCGUCACUUCGGGAGCUCGGUUGUCAUGGAGACUCAGAUCUGCGAACUUUAAGAUGUUUGUGUUGUUGUUUUUUUCUUUGUUCCGAUUUGAAACAGAAAAAUGUGAAAAAAAGAGUUUUCUACUUUGAUGACGAGGGGGCGGGGCUUUCUACUUUUAUCUUUCAGCAAAAAAAGUUUAAAUUAUUUUAAUCAAAUUAACACAAAUGUUUCCUGUCAGUCACUUUUAUAUGAUUCAUAUAAACUGCUGAGUCACUGCAGUCAUCAACAGUGACUCAGCAAAAAUAAACUGCUCUGAACACACACACACACACUUGUGUUAAAAAGUUUUUGAUGAAUGUCUUUAAACUCUUCUUGUAUUCAUGUGUGUGUGUACAUAAUCUCUUUAAAACCACAAAACAAUAAAAACCACAAAAAUCUGA